CCCGUCACAAGAUAUAUCAACGUCAUGAUGGACUCGGACACACCUUCAUCAGGCACUGCCACGCCAGUGGAUGUUGAGGACAACAGAGAAGAAAUUCGAAAAAGGCUCACAGUCACUUUUCGUGAUCUGAAUGUCCGAGUGACAGCUCCUGAUGCUGCAUUAGGUAGCACUCUAUGGUCGGAUGUCGAUCCUCGUCAGCUUUCGGGCUUGUUUAAACGGAGCACAAGUUCCAAACGAACAAUUUUGAAGGAUGUAUUUGGUCAAGUGAAACCGGGCGAAAUGCUUCUGGUAUUGGGUCGUCCAGGAUCUGGAUGUACCUCACUUCUGCGAGUUCUCUCAAAUGAUCGUGCGUCUUUUGACGAAAUCAGUGGAGAGACAAGAUAUGGAAGCAUGGAUCAUAAAGCUGCGCGACAAUUCCGUCAGCAAAUCAUGUUCAACAAUGAAGAUGAUCUGCACUUCCCUACACUCACGGUGAACCGGACUAUGAAAUUCGCCUUGCGCAAUAAGAUUCCCAACGAACGUCCUGAGGAAUUGAGCAAUCGGAACGACUUUGUGCAGGAAAAAAGAAAUACCAUCCUCAACUCUCUUGGUAUCGGUCAUACAAAGAAGACACUGGUUGGAAAUGAAUUUAUUCGUGGAGUCUCUGGAGGUGAACGUAAGCGCGUUUCACUUGCUGAGGUCAUGGCAGGACAGAGUCCAGUUCAGAUGUGGGAUAAUCCAACUCGUGGUCUCGACUCCAAAGCAGCGGUGGAAUUUGCUCGGUUGCUACGACGUGAAGCGGAUGAGAAUGACAAAACCAUCAUCACUACCACCUACCAAGCCGGUAAUGGAAUCUACGAUCAAUUCGACAAAGUUCUUGUUCUUGCCGAUGGACGAGUCAUCUACUAUGGUCCCCGGGCACUAGCCAAAAGCUACUUUGAAGAUCUGGGAUUCAUAUGUCCAAAGGGUGCAAAUAUCGCUGAUUAUUUGACCUCAGUCACUGUCCUGACAGAACGCAUCGUUCGUCCCGGUUGGGAAGAAACGGUGCCUAAUACAGCAGAGGAUUUUGAAGCCAGAUAUCAGGCCAGCUCGAUUUGCAACGAACAGCGUGAUUCCAUUCAAUCACCUGAAAAGCUCACCUACGAGACUGAGGACCUGAAGGUCGCUGUAUCAAGUGAAAAGAAGAAGCAGCAUCUUCCCCGCCAACAAAGCGUGUAUACCGCUGGUAUUUGGAGUCAAAUCUGUGCCUGUACUCUACGUCAAUUCCAAAUCAUAUGGGGAGACAAAUUUUCCCUUAUUGUCAGGGUCUGCUCAGCUAUUCUUCAAGCACUGGUCUGCGGUUCGCUCUUCUACAACCUUGCAGAUGACAGCUCAUCGAUUUUCCUGCGACCUGGCGCGCUUUUCUUCCCAGUAUUGUACUUUCUUCUUGAGUCUAUGUCGGAGACUACAGGCUCAUUCAUGGGUCGUCCUAUUCUUGCCCGUCAGAAACGUUUUGGAUUUUACCGACCGACCGCAUUCUGCAUUGCAAGUGCUAUUACAGAUAUCCCGAUCGUCAUGGUACAAGUUACCUGCUUUUCCUUGAUUCUCUACUUCAUGGCCGCAUUGCAGAUGGAUGCCGGGCGUUUCUUCACCUACUGGAUCAUCAUUAUAGUGCAAAACCUGUGUUUUAUUCAGCUUUUCCGCACAGUGGGUGCUGUGUGUCAGAAGUUUGGAAAUGCAUCCAAGAUUUCCGGCUUGCUUUCGACAGUUUUCUUUGUUUAUGGUGGCUACCUAAUCCCCUUCCACAAGAUGCAUGUUUGGUUCCGCUGGAUCUUCUAUCUCAACCCAGGUGCCUACUCAUUUGAGGCGCUCAUGGCAAAUGAGUUUGUCGGUCGCGAAUUCAAAUGUGUUGAGCCAGAUUAUAUUCCAUACGGAGACAGCUAUCCCAGCUCGGCAUCCCCGUACCGAGGAUGCUCUGUUCUGGGCAGCAAGAACGGUAUAAUUAGUGGAGAGGACUACAUUCGCGAGCAGUAUGACUACUCGUUCCACCAUAUCUGGCGAAGCUUCGGUAUUUUGAUCGGCUUCUGGAUAUUUUUCAUUGUUACUACCUCCCUCGGAUUUGAGUUACGAAACAGCCAGAGUGGCUCAUCUGUGCUCUUGUACAAGCGCGGCAGUGAGAAGAGAAACAAGGGUGAUGAGGAGAAAUCCACUGCGCUGAAGCAAUCAGUCGACGCUACUGCUCUGUCCAGCUCAAGGAAGCAGUCCACAUUUACUUGGAAUAAUCUUGAUUACCAUGUCCCAUUCCAUGGCGAGAAGAAGCAACUGUUAAACAAGGUGUUUGGCUUUGUGAAGCCAGGAAGCUUGGUCGCUUUGAUGGGUGCCUCUGGAGCUGGAAAAACAACACUACUGGAUGUUCUUGCCCAGCGCAAGGACUCAGGUGAGAUUUACGGAUCAAUUCUCAUUGAUGGUCGUCCUCAAGGAAUCAGUUUCCAGCGAACAACCGGAUACUGCGAACAGCUUGAUGUUCAUGAAAAGUCAGCGACAGUCAAGGAAGCACUCGUCUUUUCAGCUCUUCUGCGUCAGCCAUCCACUGUUUCAGAGGAAGAAAAACUUGCAUACGUGGAUCACAUCAUCACUCUUCUAGAACUUGAUGACAUCUCUGAUGCUCUGAUCGGAGUACCUGGAGCCGGACUCAGUAUCGAGCAGCGUAAGCGUGUGACCCUGGGUGUUGAGUUGGUAGCAAAACCCUCAUUACUGUUCUUGGAUGAGCCUACAUCAGGACUUGAUGGUCAAAGCGCGUUUAACAUUGUGCGUUUCCUCCGCAAACUUGUUGAUGGUGGACAGGCUGUGUUGUGUACAAUUCAUCAACCUUCCGCCGUCCUUUUCGACGCGUUUGAUGGCCUGUUGCUUCUCGCCAAGGGCGGUCGGAUGACCUAUUUCGGUGAAACUGGAAACGAGUCAAAGAAAAUUCUGGACUAUUUCGCUCGCAAUGGUGCACCCUGUCCACCAGAUGCUAACCCAGCGGAGCACAUCAUUGAAGUUGUCCAGGGCAGCGCAACGCAAAACACUGAUUGGGUCGAGGUUUGGAGUCAAUCUGAUGAGCGCAAACGUGCCUUGGAAGAGCUCGAAGCCCUCAAUGCAGCUGGUCUAGCCGAUCCUGACUAUGUAGAAGAUACCGCAAACUUUGCGACUUCGCACUGGUACCAGUUCAAAUUGGUAUCCAAACGUCUCACUAUACAAAUUUGGCGCUCUCCAGAUUACAUGUGGAACAAGAUCGUCCUUCAUAUCUUUGCUGCUCUCUUCAGUGGAUUCACUUUCUGGAAGGUCGGAGAUGGAUCAUUCUCCCUCCAGCUAAGACUUUUCGCCAUCUUCAAUUUCAUUUUCGUCGCUCCCGGAUGUAUCAAUCAAAUGCAGCCUUUCUUCCUGCAGAACCGAGAUAUCUUUGAGACUCGUGAAAAGAAGUCAAAAACCUACCAUUGGAUUGCAUUUAUUGGCGCUCAAGCAGUAACUGAGAUUCCAUACCUCAUUAUCUGUGCCACUCUUUACUUCCUGUGCUUCUACUACACAGCCGGUUUUCCAGUUGUGUCCCGGAUCGCGGGCCAGUUCUACCUCCAGAUGAUCUUCUACGAGCUCCUCUAUACUUCUAUCGGUCAAGCGAUCGCAGCCUACGCACCCAACGAGUACUUCGCCGCUGUGAUGAAUCCAGUAUUGAUUGGAGCUGGUCUGGUCAGUUUUGCCGGAGUUGUCGUUCCUUACAGUCAGAUGCAAGCAUUCUGGAGAUACUGGAUCUACUACCUGGAUCCUUUCAACUACCUUGUCGGUGGUCUUCUGGGUGAAGUUCUUUGGGAUGUCAAGGUUAAGUGUGAGCCUUCUGAGUACAUCAAAUUCAGUGCCCCAUCCGGUCAGACCUGUGGUCAAUAUAUGGCCGACUUCCUUUCGUCGCAAGCCGGUUAUCUAUUGGACUCAAACGCGACCGAAACAUGUUCCUUCUGCCAAUACUCCACUGGAGCGGACUAUGCGAAGACCUUCAAUAUUAAGGAAAAGUACUAUGCUUGGAGAGAUACUGGAAUUACAGCUUUGUUCUGUAUCUCAUCUUAUGCUGUGGUGUUCCUGAUGAUGAAGCUUCGAAGUAAGAAGACUAAGAGCGCCCGAUCUGAAUAG